AUGGGCCAGUGCCCACAUCAUGGAUACGAAAGUUGGCGUCUUGUCAGCUAUUUCUACGACGGUCUCACAGCCGACAAAAGACAAUUCGUACAAAUGAUGUGCAAUGGCGACUUCCUUCAGAAAGAUCCCGAAGAAGCUUUGGAAUAUCUUGAAGAAAUCUCUGAAAAAUCCUACACGUGGAGUGCACCAAGUCCUACGGAUAAGCCACGAACAGCCGGAGUCUACCAAUUGAAGGAUGAGGACAGUGUGAAAGCUCAACUUGAAGCUCUGAAAAAACAAUUUGAGACUUUCAAAACUCAAGAAGGUAAAGCACUCCAAAUGGUUGCAAAAGUGGAAAAGCAAGAACCAUGCUUCAUUUGUGGAGGGACUGAUCAUCAACCACAAGAGUGCCCUAAUCUUAGUAUGUUGAGGGGAGGAGAUGAGGAACAAUGUAAUGCCUUAGGGGAUUACAAGAAGCCUUAUAAUGCCUACUCCAACACAUACAAUCCUGGUUGGCGUAACCAUCCCAAUUUCAGUUGCAAGGAUACAAGUCAAAAUCAAGCAUCUGGGAGCCAAUGGAAACCUGAUCAACAAAAUAAUUCUCUUGAGAAUUCCAUGAAAAUUCUAGCAGACUCUCAACUAGAGUUCAGGACUUAUUUUGCUCAGGUGAUAGAGGAAUUGAAGGACAUAAAGAUUCAAUUAACAAAGUUAAAUGAUUCUUCAGCCAUUCAAGAGCGUGGUAAGCUUCCCGCUCAACCUCUAAUCACUCCCAAAGGGCAACAUAUGGCACAAACCUCUACUUCUUCAGAGUCUAAUCUAAAGGGGGUUAAUGCCAUUACUACUCGAAGUGGUCAAAGAACAAUAUCACCAUUACCUAAGACCACUAGUGUACCAAUGCCCGCUCCAGAUGUUGAUGUGCCACAGAACCUUCCAGUGAAGGUGCCCUUCCCUCAGGCUUUGAAAUCUUCUAGGAAGGUACUGGAAAAUCAAGGUGAAAUCCUAGAAAAUUUAAAACAAGUGAAGAUCAACCUGCCUCUCUUGCAUGUGAUCAAACAAGUACCAGCAUAUGCCAAGGUCAUCAAGGAUUUAUGCACCAUGAAAAGAAAGCACCAUGUCAAGAAAACUGCAUUCUUGACAGAACAAGUAAGUGCGGUGAUCGAACAAAAGAUACCGAUCAAAUACAAAGAUCCAGGUUGUCCUACUAUUGCUUGCCAAAUUGGGACACAAGGAUUUGGUCAAGCUCUCCUAGACUUAGGCGCAAGUGUUAAUCUCAUGCCUUAUUCAAUUUACUUGCAACUAGGUUUAGGAGAAAUAAAGCCCACAUCUGUGGUGCUACAAUUGGCUGACCGCUCAAUCAAAAAGCCACGAGGAAUAGUUGAAGAUGUCUUGAUUAAAGUUGGAAAAUUCUAUUACCCCACUGACUUUUUGAUUUUGGACACUCAGUCUGAGGUUAAUAUUGAGUCAAAAAUUCCCAUCAUUCUCGGUAGGCCUUUCCUUGCAACAGCCAAUGCUCUCAUUAACUGUAGGAAUGGUCUCAUGAAAUUAUCUUUUGGGAAUAUGACUAUGGAGGUCAACAUUUUUCAUGUUGCGAAACAACCACCAGACGAGGAGGAAGAUUGCUAUCAUACUGACGUGAUAGACACAAUUGUUGAGGAGGAAGUUCUUAUUCAUGAUGAUUCUGAUUCUUUAAAUGAUCUCCUCCAUGACUUUGAUACUGAAAAUAUGCUUUAUCCACCCGAGGAAGCCAAUAUUUCUUCUAUUCUUGAGAUGUCCCAGGAUGAAGCAUCACCGUCUCAAUAUGAGAAUUUGCGAUUCCAGACCCGAUCUAUGAAACGCUUCUUCGGGUCCAUGUGCGAUAUUGACAAAUUUUGGUAA